AUGGCACACAGAGGUGAUCGCAAGUUUCUUGUCGAUUCUCCUCCUCCACCUCCUAAUCUUCGUGACCUCCGUAAUUCCCCUUCCCAUUCUGGGACUCAUAAAUCACACAAUCAUGUGCCAAAUGACACUACCAAAAAGUGGUUUUGUAGAGGUCCCUCAUCAACGUCAAAGCAGUUGAGCCUCAUUUAUGUCAGUAUAGCUGCUUGCCUAGCAGCAAUAUCUGUUGCACUACUGAUAACAAUUUUCUUUGGACGUCCACAAGUUACUCCUCAUGGCUUCCUCAUGUCCGAAUUCGGUCCUUGUUCUAAAGCUGGAAAGCAAAUAAUGAUGCGUCGUGGCGGGAAUGCGGUUGAUGCGCUCGUGUCAAUAGUUCUUUGCCUCACUGUUACCAGACCCGAUAUCAUCAGUCUGGGGGGAUGUGGUGCGUUUUGGGUGCACAAACGGGACACCGACAGUAAUGACCUUUUCGAUGCUAUGUGCACCUCUCCCAACACCACAGAUCAAGCCAACUCGAACGUCGCACACGAUGUUAGCAUUCCUGGUCUCAUUGCCGGUCUCAAAGCUCUCCACAAUGCCCAUGGGUAUCUGUAUUGGGCUGAGCUUUUCCAUCCUGCGAUCGAAGUAGCACAUAAUGGUUUUCCCGUACAUCCGGAUUUGCUCAAAAACUUGGUGAAAGUUGCUUCCGACGCUUCCUUAGCUCCGUUUGCUCAACAUUUCUUAAAGUCCGUGCAGAAUGGCAGCUAUGGCCCUCAACCAGUCCUGGAGGCCACUUUGCGUCAACUGGCGACUAAAGGAACGCUGGUCUUUUAUAAUGGCUCGAUUGGACAGAGUAUCGUGGCUGAAUUGCAGAAGCACAACGUCUCCUGGCAGAUGGAAAGUAAUCUAGGAGCCUACCAAGUGCAGAGGCCUAAUUAUAUUGAGCUCAGUUUGGCGGGGUUCAUUGUCCGCAGUUUUCCCUCUCCCUUCGCGGGUGGAAUCCUAACCACGACUGUGCUUGCGAAUCUCGACAUUUUGAACCACCAGCGACCGCUUAAUGCGCGCAAAUUGGCAUGGGGUGAAGCCAGCGAAUUAGCUCUCAUCUAUCAUCGUCUUAUUGAGUUAACUAAACUUGGUGUUAAGCAGGUCUCGCUUCUUGGUGAUCCCUAUAAUCCCACUACAGGUAAAAAAGUCGUCGAUCAAGAGAAGAAUAUCUUGAGCAUUGAAAGUCGCAAAAAGGCGGCCAAUAUGGUCAGAGAUGAUCGUCUUGUGGACUCCUCGGAAUAUGGUGGUGUAGAUCCAAUCCUUUUCACCGCUCAGGACACGAACACCUUCGUCCUCUCCGUUGAGUCGGACAUGUUGAUCAGUGCGGCAUCGCUUACCCUGGGAGGAACUUUUGGCUCGGGUAUAGUUGUUUCAGGAACAGGUAUCCUCCUCAAUUCUGCCCAGCGUCUUUUCUCAUCAGUGGGGCAGGGAGGCGUCAACAGUCGUGCACCCGGCCACCGACCCUUGCUGCCGUUCAGUCCGGUCUUCUUUGAGACUGCUCAGCAGAAAUGCGGCCACCGUUUUGUGGUGGCCAGUUCUGGGGGCAUUCAGGGCAUGAUUGGACUCUCUCAGGUCCUCACCUCAUCCUUCCUCUACCUAUCCAACGUGGCAUGCACGGGUGACGGGUAUGGCCUGAGUAGUGGUGAAGGCGGUAACGAACUACCGUCUGCUGAAGAGACAACGGCGACCUACACGCCUGCUGUAGGAGGUUGCUUGCCCCUCAACGACUCUCUUAAUUUGAAGCGCUUUGUUCUGCGCCUGCAACACACCAGCAAUGGCGGGGACGAGUUCCACGUUCUUCUCGAGCCUGGUUUCAACUCCGCUGUGGGUGAAGAGUUGAAGAAAUUAGGGCACAAUGUGGAGAAUGCUGUGGACGGUGAUUUCCGCGCGGAUGUGGGAGCAGUGGGAUGGACUCUCUACACCACGAUUGGUGGGGUGGAUGAAUCGGCUGUGAAUGUCUAUUAUGGGUUCGAGGAAGGCUCCAGACGCUACAUUAGUCGCAAUGGCAAGACUUUGAAGAAAACUAUGAAGGCCAGAAAGGCAUAUUUAGAACAGAGACGAAAGCAACUUCUUGAGGAUAAUAUAAAAGAGGACAAAACAAUUAAAAGACUUACAAAAAAACUUGGUCUAAAUCGUCGUAAGCCUCGAAAAUCGGGGGUUGAAAAACAGCCGGCUUGGAUGAGAGACAGCGGUCUUGAUUAUUUGCUUGACUUUGAGAAGCACAACAGCAGUCCCGCUAAAGAAGUGCUCGGAAGCGGGAUUUUGGGCGAACCGAGAACAAAACUAAGAAGGAAAGAAUCAAGGGAUAUAUACGGGCAAGAUGUGGAUGAUUCGGAUGGUUCUACGGAGGCUGAUGCACCCAUCGAACCCGAAGAAAAAGUCUUUGACUUUGGGAAGGCUGGAGGUGAAGAUAAAGAAGUGAACGAAAUAGUGGACAUUAAUGGUGGUACGAAACUCAAGAAAGACACGAAAAUCGAGGAAAAAGAAAAUAAAAUUGCACAAAUCACGCCCAGUGGUGAUGAGGAAACUAUUGUUAUGCUACGAAGAAGUAUUCGACGUCUGCUGAAUUGUGUGUCGGAGGCUCAGAUGACGAAAACUAUUUCUGAACUUGCGGACCUCUUUUCUGAUCGACCAUGUGCAACUGUUCGGCGGGUUCUCAUCGAGGAGAUUGAUAUUUUACUCGGAUCGUUUCCUCUGAAUAGAGACCAGUCAGUUGGAUGGCUGCAGCAGGAACUGGCGGCAUGUUUCACCAGCACUCAGGCACGUCUCGAUCACAGUGGUCAGGACUCGCGUUUGGUGGUGCAUUUUGCCGAAUUCUUUGUCUCCUCCAGACUACCUACUGUAGUCACCUUGGACUCUCUCCAAGAUUCAGGUGGAGCUCUGGCUUCACGCUGCCUCUUUAUCGCCUACCUCUAUCGGUUUGGUGGACUCACUGGGGACCUUAUCAUGGACUGUGUGGAGGAGUUCACUAAGUCGGGUGAUUUAUUGGGUCUGCAAAUUGCUCACCAGAUGGUUAAACCGGUGAGUUCGGUGUUGCGGAGGGAACUGCAUGAGCGGUGUAGUCAGUUGGUGAAUGCUGUUAAGGCGACGUUGGCCACGCUAGAUCCAUCAGAUUUCGAAAAAACUGGCAGUGGUGAAGCAACUCUGGCGGCAGUGGCAACACGAUUGGGCCUGAUUACACCGAUACGGCAACAGCUUUUCAGGGUGCUGGUCUCUACGCCCGGCGGACCGGAGAGCACAGCGAGUGCCCUGGUGCUGGCGGCGGGUACGAGUGGUGGCGGUGGUCGGGCAACAGAGCACCGGGAGCGUGAGAUGGUGCAAAUCGUCAUGCACUGCCUCGUCUCCGAACAGCCCUUCAAUCGCUUCUACACUCGUGUCCUCGGUGCUCUUCUCAAUCACCAUCGGCGCUUUGCGAUCAUGGUGAGGUGUGCAUUCUGGGACGUCAUGGCUAAAGAGGAAAUGACCAAAGAGUCGAAGACCAACGCAGGCAAGGCUAUUGGCAUUCUCGCUGCUGUAUACGAUUUUCCACUCACCAUGCUCAAGAAAUUUAACUUCGGUGAUGAUUCGGAACCCAACGUUGCUCUGCUCUCGGCCGUGGUCACUGAGCUGACCACCACAGCCUUCAGGAAGACCUUGGAAAAGUUCGCCUACGUGGCCAGCAAGAGUCCUAAAUUGGGGCGCAACCUGCGGAUUUUUAUGCGGCGAUUGUGCAAAAGCCAUCCUGAUGAGGCGCACCGGGCAGGUGUUUCUUCACCGACUAUGAGUUCAGACGACGAGGUUUACUUUGACGCACCAGAGGAACUCAGUGAGGAGGACAUUGCAGCCGCAAAUAGUUCUUCUACACCGGAGCACGAAUGUAGGCGCAAUCGCAUUGAGUCUCUUAAGAAUAGCGCAAGGAAAUUCGAUAGACCUUCACACAUUCCACCCUAUUCACAUUUAGACGCAAUCGAGUCGGCAUCUGCUGUGGCGCCGAUUCUGGACUCUGAUCCCUUCUCUCCUGUUCCGCCCAGUAUGGCUUCCUCUCGUCUUCACAGUCGUACCUUUCCCGAGAAAAGUUCCUUUUUCCCAGGAAAAGGUGCCCAUCAUUUCCUUUUUUUCACUAACAAACACUCUCCUCCUCCCUUGUUAGGUUUCCAGCGUUCUCAUUUUCCUUUUAACGAUGACUUUGAAAACUGCUCCAAAGUCCGGUCUCACACCGUCCAGCCCAUCUGCUUCUCCCCCGUUCUGGCGUCUUUUCCUUUUGAGCGUCCUGCACCAAUUUCUGCACCUGAGGUGAGUCUUUGUCGACAUCGUCCGAACAAGGGGGAUUACAUGAAGUCGUGGUCACUGGAUGCUACGCGUUGUCGGCCCCAGCUGCUGUUAAAUUACCAUAGGCGUAGUCUACUCGCCUCAUCACUGGUCCCACUACCUAUGGAACCACUACUGGAUCAUUCUGAAGGUUCUGAAAUAGAUGCUCCCCCACAUAACCAGUCGCAGAUGGACGCAUGCGUCCAGGCAAACAUCGGGACAGUGGCGCACCAAGGAAUUACUGCCACCACCGAUGACACCCUGCUGCCGGCCCACGAGGCUCCUGCCAUGCUGCGAGCCAAGGCUGCCGCGGCCACCCUUCCCGGCAGCAGUGUCAACCCCAUGUCACUAGACUACCGCACUCGGACCCUCAGUACAUCGAGUCUACGCAAUAGCGGCGAUUUAGAAAAACUGGAUAGUGAGCACAGCGGCUCUCAUCGGAAUCCCAACUUCUUGUCUGGCUUUCGUCGACUUCACACGGCUUUUCGCGGGGCUGUAAAUGCAGUGCGUUCAGCUACGAAGGCUAAAAACGAAGCCUCUUCUGAGGAAGAUGACGAAGUCAUUGGAAAUCAGGGCAUCAGAUUACGCUGCUCACGGAAAAUCAAGGGUCACAAGGAGUUCCUCCAAAUCAAACUUGUGCAGAAGAUGGACAAUGAACACAUUGGCGCCAUUUGGGCUAUGCGUUCUUCACCCUGUGGUCGGCUUUUGGCCACCGCUGGUUACGAUCGAAACAUCCGGAUUUGGGUGCUGCGCCAGUGGUACAACCACUUCAGGAAUAUGCUUCAAGAGAGAGCUAGUCAAAUGCAACAGGGUGAUGAAGCCUCCCCCGGCCUCGAUUCCACUAUGACAGAUGACCUUGAUAUCGACUCCGUUAGCAUGACCUCGGUCUCAUUCUCCACUAGUCGAACGGAUGAUGGUGGCAGUUCGUGCAGCAGUUCAGGCCUCCUUGAGACGUCCUCCGUGUCAACACGCAGUCGUGGCGAGGUCUCACCCUCUGACCUCCUCAUGCUUAACUCACAGUCGCGAUGCUCUUCUUCAUCAGCUUACUACCAUCCCCAGCCCUUACUGGUUUAUCGUGGCCAUGAGAGUGUAAUCACCGAGUUGGCGUGGUCGAAGAACCUCUUUCUCUUGAGUACGGGUAUGGAUCGACAGGUGCGACUCUGGCAUGUUUCACGCCAAGAGUGUCUCUGUGCCUUCAGUCACAAUGAUACAGUGCCUGCUAUCGUCUUCCAUCCCAAGGACGAUCGCUACUUUCUCUCGGGCAGCCUGGACGGGAAGCUGCGACUGUGGAAUAUCCCAGACAAGAAGGUGCGUUUUUGGGUGGACGUGCCGCUGCCGUCUUGCUUGCCCUCUCCCUCCUCCCCUGCUGCCACCGUGGGGGGCGGUGGGGCAGAGCCCAAGACUAUCAUCACCUGCGCCACUUUCGCCUGUGACAGCACUAAGGUCGUUGUCGGCAGCUACGACGGUCGCGUAAUGUUCUUCAACACUGAGAUCCUUGUAACCUCUAAUGACUCCCGUGUGCGAUUGAUCGAUGCAAGGGAUUAUCACACGCUGUGCAAAUAUCGUGGUUUUCUCAAUGAAACCAGUCAAAUUCGGGCAUCUUUUAGUGCCACAGGCCGCUACCUAAUCUCAGGCUCAGAGAACUGCUUCUUCUACAUCUGGCGCAAGCAAAUGGACUUCCUCAACGUCUCGCGUUUCUCCUCAACUCGAAAGGACCGCAAUAACUGCUGGGAGGCAAUCAAGGCGCACGAUGCGGUGGUGACAGUGGCCAUUUUCCUGCCUAACCCCGACCUCCUGCUUGACAGGCGUCUGCGUCGAAACUCGGCGCGGCGGCGCACGGGCACGGAUCAUGCGAUGCGGAUGAAGAUGUCCAGCAAGGUGGCUACCUACUGGGGAGAGGUCAUUGUCUCCGCCGACUGCAAUGGGUGUAUCCGAGUUUUUAAGAACCGCGCCCCCUUUAUCGCUGCCGCUUCGUCCGCUCAUACUGAUUCCUGA